UAACAGCUUCCGAAUCGCCCCUUCUCGCCUAAUGAGCGCACUCCCUAGGCCGCUGAUAAGGCUGGAGACAAAGGGCCGUGUAAUGAGUCGGGGGGUGAUCUGCUUGUAGAAAAGCAAGCCUCACAGAGCCCACCUGGGUUGGUUACCAAUGGACACAAUGUUUGGCUAAAGGGGGAUAAACGGAGAAGCUUUUACGCACAAAACUCCACGGGGAGCAGCUGUAAACGUUAGUCUCUUGGUGGGAUUUGUGGCUCGAUGUUGGCUUGAAAAUGGAGUGUGUGCCUUUAAGGCGCCCGACUGCCUGUCGCUUUGUGCUGCGGAGAGACUGACGCCCUCUGGACACACUGGACACUUGAGCGGCAGCAGAGCACCAUCCUGGAGAAGUUCAAAGAGAAAACAGCCACAGUCCCCCCUCAUUUUAAAAAGAAAAGUCGUGAACUUGUUAACAGCGUUGUGGUGUUCCCAGUGCUGUGCUGGUGAGCCGUCAGGAUGAGGACUGGUCAGCUGAUCCUCCCCGCCGCUGCCGCCACUCUCCUCUUCUUCCUGUCAGGAUUGUCUGUGACCUCUGGCUGCAACAAAGCCCUCUGUGCGAGCGACGUCAGCAAGUGCCUCAUCCAGGAGCUGUGCCAGUGUCGUCCAUCUGACGGGAACUGUUCCUGCUGUAAAGAGUGCAUGCUUUGUCUGGGGAACCUUUGGGAAGAGUGCUGCGACUGCGUAGGGAUGUGUAACCCCAAGAACUACAGCGACUCUCCGGCCACGUCGAAGAGCACCGUGGAGGAGCUUCACCGCCCGAUUCCCUCGCUGUUUCGCGCUCUCACAGAAGGCGACGCACCAAUAAACAUGAUGGUGGUGUCCUUCCCUGUCGCCGAGGAGCUCUCCCAUCAUGAGAACCUGGUGUCCUUCUUGGAGUCACUUGACAGCCAGCACCAGAACGUGUCUGUGCCUGGCAACAGCAUCCACACCAGCUAUGACACUCAAGAGAAUAUGUGCACAGUGGUCUACUUUGAUGACUGCGUGUCUAUCCGUCAAUGCAAACUUUACUGUGAGUCAAUGGGAGGAUCCAAGUACCGCUGGUUUCACAACGCCUGCUGCCAAUGCAUUGGACCCGAGUGCGUGGACUAUGGCAGCAAGGCAGUGAAGUGCAUGAACUGUCUCUUCUGAAAUGUGGGCACAUAUUGGUACCAAAUGUCAGCACCAGAGGACUGAGGACAGAGGAAACUAUGACUGUUUUAGCAUUCCUCAAUUACCUUGUAAAAUACCCCCUAUGCCCCUCUUGCUACCCCUGCAAAUUGUUUUUAUUCUGCUGUUCUGUUUGAUUGUAUAUUUUAGAUAUGUUUCCAAUAGUGUUUUUUACUAGAGGUGUAUAUGAAUAAUGUAUUUUUACAAUUAUGGUCCGCUAAACCCAAGUCCUGUGCCAAAUAAAGAAUUGUUUGGUGACAUGGACUGUCUCACAGAGAGGAGUCUGAUAACUAUGUUUUGUUAAAAUGAUGUUGAAAAACUGCAUAGAAUAGUGAAUGUUUAUUUGCCAAGUUGCCUGUCUCCUCCUCUAAUCUUAGCCUAGUGUUGCCCAAGUCAGGAAAUGCAUCAUUUCCUGGGGAAACAAAGUUGUUAUUUUACCAUUCUGGUUCACAGGUGUUCCAGUGCUCACUAACCAUCUCCUGUAAGCAGAGAGGAAAGGGAGCAUUUACUGAUGCCAAUCUCUCACCGCCACACACAAAUGCUCUUUGUAAUGCCAGGGCAUUUUCAAAAGGCAGCAGGGUGCUCUAUCUCAUUCUUUUCCCAUUUGGCAUGCAACAGCAGUUUGCACAGACUAAUGUACCAGAUGCACAAUGAGAGCUUGUUUUUUUUUUUUUAUGAUACUGAAUCACGGCCUCUUUUCACCACUGCAGCUGUGUGGUUUGGAGUAGAUGAUGCCAACAAAGAUAAGAGGACCUGUGGUAGAAGAAGUAUUCCAGUUCUUUACUCAUGUAAAGGUACUAAUACAACAAUGCAAAAAUACUCCAUUACAAGUAAAGGUCCUGCAUGAAAUGUUCUGCUUAAGCAAAAAUGCAGAAGUAUUAUCAGUAAAAUGUACUUCAAGUAUCAAAGUGUUCAAUGCUGCUGUGACUAAUAUCUGAUUAUUUCAGACAAUAGAUUGUUAAUACUGAUACAUCAAUAUCUAAGAAGCAUUUUUCUGUUGUAGCUGCAUGAGGAAGAGCUAGAUUACCUAUUUUAUAUACAGGUAGUGAGCUUAGUCCAAUAUACUAAUAUGUUUUUAGACUUUGGAUGGAAGUUUUACUUUAUUUUAGAAAAUAUUUGUCAAUUUUACCUCUUUAGGGCUCAAACACCACAUGAAACCAUGUGAGGAGUUUAGAGGAGAUGUCUCUUCUAAAAACUUAGAGACAUACUGAAAUGCAACAAGGGGACCCAACUACACUGUACACACUACAUUGUGAUGUUUUUAACAAGGCAAAAAGGUUGGAGACAACUGGUUUAGUCUUUAACAAUAUCUUUUGUGUUAUAUGUUAAUCGUACUUUGUGUAAAACCAUUAAUAUAAAUUAACUACAGCUGUAUAAAAAAAUCUAGUGGAGUAAAAAUUGCAAAAUGUCUCUGAAAUGUAGUGGAAUAAAAUAAAGUCCUCAUAAAUGCAAAUAUCCAUGUACAAGAAUAUGUAUAACUAUAAAAGUGUGCAUGAAUGUACUGUGUUUAUGUCCAUCUCAGCAGAAGACUAAUGUGUUUCAUAUGUCUGGAUACCCACCAGUCUUCUGGGUCCAAUC